UCGUUGCGUUCGGACGUUUGUGUCGUCUGUGUUUGACACAUUCAAAUUUUAAACAAGUGAUUUUUUUCCAUUCAACAUCAUUUCAUCAUCAUCUCUAUCUGUAUCUUCAUAUCUGAUUGACCACUGAAUUGGAAUAAAACAUUUUACCCAUAGGCAACGACAGUGGAUUCAGUUAUAUAAAUAUUUCCUUUUUUUGUUGAUUUAUAUCCUGUUCCAUGAUUAUGCUCAAUUUUAAGUGAAUAUUUGUUUAACCGAAGAAAAAAAAAACAAAUUUAAAAAAACACACAAACAUUUAAUCAUCAUUCGCACGUAUAAUAAUCUCAUACUGUGUUCGUAAAUUAAAACCGUGCCAACACAGAUAUAAUUUAUGGAUUUAUGUAAAGUGCACAGAAAAAAAAAACAAUACCACAUUUAAAUAUCGUUAUCAUGUACAACAUUCAGAAUUAAAUAAAAUUGAAAUAAUAACGAAGCAUUUUCUCUCUAGUGGAACAUUUUUAAAAUAAACAUUUAAGAGGAAUACGGAAUUAUUACAUUUAUCAAAGAAAAAUAAAACAAUUUUAUUGAUUGCAAAUUAUUUUCCAUCUGAAUUAUAAAUAAAAUAUCGUGCUGAGUGUUAACCUUUUAACCAUUUUAUCAAAAGUGACUAUAAUUCGAGGAUUUUCGGACUUUGGAAAACAAACAAAAAGUCAUUGAUAAAAAUACAAUUUAAAUAAACCGAAGUCAAACCGUUUUUCCUAUCAACCAUAAACUGAUUGAAUCAUACGAUUCAUACAAUUCGAAAACCUACCGAAACGAAUAUAUUAAAUACACAUAUAUAUAUAUUACUCAAAUGUAAUCGCCAUCAAAGCGAAAAAAACACUGCCAUCGUUUUUCAUCGCACAAUUUUGACUGUUGAGGACAUUGUGAAUAUACACACACUUGCAAAUAAUCUAUGACUUAAAAGAAGAAAAAAUCGAAAGUUUCUUUUUGGUGAUUUUAAAAAGGGGACUUCAACUAGGAACCAAAGUCAAAUAAAUCACUUGAAGUGAAACCAACCAAGAAUUCAGUGCAAAAUUUAUAUCUCGUCUCAACUAAACUCAAAUAGAAAUAUUCGCAACGAACUAUGAAAAAGCAGCCGCAUACAACGACCGCUAUCAUACGUUGAGAACCUUUUUUAUUUUCUUGUGUCGAAAGGCAGAAAAGUGGUAUUUAUAUAAAAAAUCAACAACGUACGAAAAGAUUUCGUGAAGUUGUCACCCUCAAAGAAAAAAGAGAAACGAGCCCCCCUGAUAACAAAUUGGUUCGCAUCAAUUUCGAUUUAUCGAAUUUUUCCGUUGCUUUGUUGGUGUGAACAACAAAAAAGUGUCAGAAAUUUAAUCUAUGAAAAUUGGUGUGAUAAGGAUAAGAAAUUGCUCCCAAACGUGUUAGCAUCCCUUUUACGCUAGAAUAGUAUUUUCCCUCGUUUAAUAUAUACGUGGCUAAGCGAUACGAAUGUGGUGGUGGUGGUGGUAGUGUAACCAAUUUUGAGUGACAAAAAUGAUGAUAAAUUGAAUCGGUGACGAUGACUGUAACGAUCAUGCUUGUUAUUCCAUUUGUUAAAUAAAUAUUGAUACAAAGCAAUUAGUGUUUACACAGUAAUUGUGUAAAUUGUGCUGCUCAUACAUGCACACACGCACUGUCGUCGGCCAAACAGUCAGCGACUGUUGUCGAAAAUUUUGAACGAAGAACAAUAACGACACACACGCACAGACACAUCAACUUGAUAAGAUACACAAAUCUUGAAUUGGAUUUCCGUACUUUUACGUUAGCAAAUACAAAUUGUUGGUAUCUCAGCUGAGGAAAAAUAGCACACGGAAAUAGAAAUGAACAAAGAAGCAAAGAAAACAUAGAAAAUAAAAGAAAAUGUUAAGUGAAAUAAUAAAAUACAAGAGAACAAAAGAAGAAAUAAAGUAGACGUGUUGUCACAACCACGUCAAAUGAAUGUCGCAUCGCAUUUAUAUCGUGUACACAUCUUACAUGCACAAUCUUAAUCCCAACGUCUAACAUUUAUUUAGGUAAAUGAAUAUCGCUGAACAGUGUGAUAACCAUUCCCAAAACGAAAAAAAGUGACAGAGUAUUUUGCGUUCGCUUUUUGUGUAACUGUUUAACAGUGUGAAAUAAGUGAACUGAGGGGGCACAAAACACUUACCUUGCAGUCACAAAAGAAGUAAUAAACAAACGCACACACACACACACACCAAUAAAUAGAACAUUGAAUAGAAAUGUUUACUGUUUACCAAAGUAAGAAGUGAAGUUGAAGUGAUAAUCCAAAGUACACAUUGCACACCAGCAAAAGAGAAAAAAAACUACCACAAUUUCGAAUAAAUACGAACAAAUUCGGUUUAUUACAAGUGGGUGCGUGCUAUAGAAGGCUAACAAUUGCAGUAGUACUUUUUGGUUUCGCAAAAAAUCUAGGUGUUUCGUGCAUUUUCAAAAUAGAAAAGAAAACUGAAACGAAAUCCGAUUAAAAUCAAUACAAUCUGGAUUACAUUAUGAACAAACAGCAAUACAAACGCACAAAGUAAAACCAGCAAAGAACAUUUCGACCAAACGUUGAAUUUCAUUUCGAGUGCUUACCAUUCUUAUUCACACGUUCUCGUAUACUUUUCGCCUCAAGUGCGUCUCAAGCAGAUAGAAGCUUAUUGCUUUAUGGUGCUAGUUUCGAAUACAACAUACAUUCGCACAUACUUGGCAAACUUUAUCAUCCCAAUGUAAACUGACCAACUGCACUGAAGUGGACUACUAAAUUCCAAUAUGAAUAAAGAGGUCACAUUCCCGAGAGAGUGAAUUGCUGUCGUCGAUUGUAUAGCAUUGGUGCGUCAAAACGUCUGUAACAUAAAGCUAAAACUGUUGGAUUCCCGUUCCGUUUGUUCAUCACGAAAUCGAAAAAUAUUUACAUUUCAUCGCAACCAAAUGAUUGGAUGAGAAUAAUUUCAAUUUAGACGAAUAAUAAACGCAAACAAAAAUCUUCUGUCAACACAAGAGAACCGGAAACAUGCUUCAUUUAUUAUUCUUAUUUGAAUCGACAAUUUCCGAAAGCCAUUCGAUUCCAUUUGAAAUUGAACCACCAGAAAUUUCAACGCACUCAAAAUCAGCAUCAACAACAGCAACAAUAUUUGUUGAUACAGCCAAAACUUUUGCCACAUUAAAUGCUGCCAAUCGAAUUUAUCCAUCGAACAACAUCGACGCAGUCAAAGUAAAUUCUGUAUAAAUUACAUUUAACGUAAAAGACAAAUAAAAAUCAAGGCAAAACAAACAUAAAAACAAAAUUCAAUCUAUACUUUGCUAACCGCGCUAACCAUAAUCCAAACGUUAUAGCAACGCAUAGAACUGAAUCGAAACACAUUCUUAGAAUAAAUACUCUCGCGAUCUGAAUGUCUAGUAAUGAAUGACACAGUAAAUUAAUAUAAGCCAAGCUAAACUACUCUAAUUACAUUUAAAAAAAACACACAUAAUUAAAUACAUAAAUAUACAUACAAAUAUUGCAAUCAUAUAAAAUUUUAUGUAAACAUUUUUUCGCGCUUAAAUUAAAUGUUUUCAUGUGACUAAUGUGUAAAUGUGUGUUUAAACAUCCAUAUUGAAUGUGAUAGAAAUAAUCGUUUAGCUUAUUGAAUAAGACUAGAGCCAAUCAUUUUAAUCACAUACAUUUUAAAGUUUUAAAAAAACCAUCGAAUCGGUUACAUUUCACGGAAAGUCCAACAAUUUUAAAGAGAAAAAUUCAACUCAAGACGCUUACGUCACGAUUUUAGGAUGGCGAUUUCGGUGCGCACUAACGUUAUAUUCACAUUAUCGGUUUUAAUUUUAUGCGGAACGUAUUACUUUGCUUCCGCAUCGCAGCGUGAUUCAUCCAGCUCAAAAGAUAAUAAUCCCGGUGCAUAUGGUUCAAACAAACAAAAUGCUCUCGAUUUGGACGCAUUCAAAGUGGGACCGUAUUUUGAUAAAGCAGCCUCGAAAAAUGUCACAGCAUUGUUGGGCAAAACGGCAUAUUUAAAUUGUAGAGUGAAGAAUUUAGGAAAUAAAACGUCAUUGCUUCAAGUAAGUUGGGUGAGACAUCGCGAUAUACACCUCCUGACAGUAGGCCGAUACACUUACACAUCAGAUCAACGUUUUCGUGCGAUACAUCAUCCACAUUCGGAAGAUUGGAUACUACAAGUAAAGUAUCCACAGCAUCGCGAUUCCGGGAUCUAUGAGUGCCAGGUUUCGACAACGCCACACAUGUCGCAUUACAUUCACUUGAAUGUUAUCGAACCAUCGACCGUAAUAAUUGGUGCGAGCGAUAUGUAUAUCGAAAGCGGGUCAACCAUAAAUUUAACGUGCGUGAUUGAGGAUUCACCUGAGCCACCGGCGUAUAUCUUUUGGAAUCACAACAAUGCCAUUGUGACAUACGAUUCACCCCGUGGCGGAAUACGAGUAACAACGAGGAAAGAUGAGGCAUCUACAUCGUUUCUGCUAAUUGAGAAUGCCCAACCAUCUGAUUCUGGAGUGUAUCAAUGCAAUCCAUCCAAUGCCAAAAGUAAAAGUGUCACGGUGCAUGUGUUAAACGGCGUUUCACACUCUGUUUCCAGGGAAAACCCUAACAGCAAUGCAGUCCGCGGAUCAUCUUCAUCAUCAGCGAGGAACAAAUUAUCAUCUCUUAGUUUUUAUUUACUUAUUACAAUAUUUAUCAAUAUAAUAUUUAUCCAGUGCAGUUUCUGGUUUAAAUUGUUCGAAUGGCGUCGAUAUGUUGGCGAUAUGAUUGAUUUUAUUGUGGUAAAAUUGGAGUCAAUACGACAGAUGGAAGGAGAAGAAGAGCCACCACAGCAGCAGCAACCAUCAGUAUUAUUGACAACAAUCAUUCUAGAUCGAUUUUUUACGAUGCAAUAUUUUUGGUUUCGCAUUCAAUAUUUAUUUCAGUGGUCAACUGUAUUCAUUUCGUUAAAAUAUUCGAUGCAAUUAUUUAUUCAAAUUAUUUAUUUGAAUUGCACAUCGUUUGCAUAUGCUGUGGCAUCUGUACUACCAGAUGGAGCAACUGCAGUUGUAACAAUGACAACACCACAGCCAAUCAAACCAAAUGCAUUUGCAUUCAAUGGCGAUACUGAAUUAUUUAUCAAAACUGAUGCAAAUAAUAUCGAUCAUGUCAUGAAUUUAGACCACGCAUUGUUCUGUAGAGAUGCAGCUAAUCAACAAACAAUAAUCCAAACCAAACAAACUGAUCAACUGUAAAUUGAGUUUUUAUAUGUCAAUGUAAAUGUAAUAUAAAUUAUAAAGAAUAUACAAUACAAUACAAAACCAAAAAAAAAGAAGAAAUCUACUCUACUGUGUAUAGAAUGACGAUGGAUUAAUAGAUAAUAAAUGUUUUAGAAUGCAAACCGCGAUUACGAUGAUGAUAAUAGUGAAUGAGCUGAUGAUGAACAAACAAACAAAAAUAUCGAGGGAACACACCAAAUACUAGUGUGUGAAAUGCUGUUUUAAAGAAUUAUUGUAAUGUUAUCCAAAUAAAUAAAAAAACGGAGAUGAAAAAACAAUGUGACAUGCAUACUUAAAAAAACAAAUACCACAAAUUAAUAAAUACAAAUGAAAAA